AUGAUGAGGUCGUAUCAAGGAAAUACGAGAAGACGCAGCAAUCGAGGAGCAGCAAAUAAACUGCAAGCGGCUGCUUUACCCAUUGAUAUCAUCUCUCAAAUUCUGCGCAGGGUUCCUGCAGAAUCAAUCUUCUCAUGCAGCUGCGUUUGCAAGUCUUGGUAUGCCUUGACUCACGAUCGUCAUUUCAUUCAACAGCACCUCCAAAUGACGAAGAAAGAGCCUUGCCAAUAUCUCAUUCAGAGCCGUUAUGGAGUUGCUUGUUUUCAUCGCCUUCUGCUGUUGGAUAUCCAUAACGAGCGGCUCACAGAAGUUUCUUUCAAGAAAAUGAAGCUGCCCAAUAACCCUAAACUCAAGUUGUCUGCUUUUUACAUCGUCUGCUCCUCCAACGGUUUGCUGUGCUUAGCUCCGAAGGUAAAGAUGGAUCCUGUGCUGAUUUGCAAUCCAAUCACAAGAGAUUGCUUGAUUCUACCUUCAGCGAUAUCAAGCGUUGAAAUGGUCUGCAAGAGUUAUCAUAUUGGUUUUAACUUUGAUCCCUCAUCUGGGAAGUACAUGGUUGUGCGAGAAUUUUCAUAUUUAACCAAACCAGCCAGCAACUUUCAGCUGCUUUCAGUUGGAGAAAAUUCAUGGAAGGAGAUAAGUGGAGCUCCUGAUGUUGUGCUUGAACAAGGGUUCGAUACUCCAAUAUUCUGGAACGGAGCUUUCCACUGGAAAAUCAGUGAAAUUGAUCACAGAAACAGCAACAACAGUUGCAUUCUUGCUCUUGAUGUAGGGGAUGAGAAGUUUCACACAAUCUCUUUUCCAGAGGAUGAAAAUAACUGUCCUCGUAACUAUCACUUGGUGAGUUUACGAGGUGGUCUGAACAUCGUAGAACAUAACUCUCGUUUCUUGAAGAUAUGGACAGUGGCUGGAAACAAGGUUGCUGGUUUCUUCCUUGGCCUGCAACACAUGUAUCUUCUGUGCGUGCCUCCUCGGAGUCUUUUGCAGCAUGACUUGAUUUGCCAAAUUGAUGAACAAUCUUACUUGAUGCAAGUGUUCAGGUGGGAUCUGAACGGUACUCAGAAGUGCACCCUCUUCAAGUUUUGUCCAACCAUCGCUCGACACUUGGACUUGAACAUUCCUGGUCUCCCUCACCUUUUCAGGCUGGUGUGCUUUCAACCUAGCCUUAUUUCUCCUUUCAUGGCUUCUCCUGCUUCAACCUAG